GGCAUACACGGAAGUGGCUUCUUCAAUCUGACAAUCCGUGUGUUUGUGGUCGUGUCUCGCCAGCUGGAGAUUACUACACAGAAUGACAGGAGUGCGAGGGACCGGGGAGAGCCGAGACACCGCCAUGGCCGUGGAGCAGGACAUAUUUGACGCCGUCGUGAUGGCUGAUGAGAGAUUCCAUGGGGAGGGAUAUCAGGAAGGCUAUGAAGAAGGCAGUAGCUUGGGAAUCGUUGAAGGAAAGCAGUAUGGCAUGUUACAUGGAGCCAAAAUUGGAUCCGAGAUUGGAUGCUACCGGGGUUUUGCUCUUGCAUGGAAGUGUCUCCUGCACAGUGGCACUGGUGAGAAAGACAGCAGGAAGCUGAAGGUGGUGGAGGCUCUGAUCACACUGCUGCAGGACUUUCCCUAUGAUGAUCCCACUUACGAGAAGCUCCAUGAAGACCUGGACAGAAUCAGAGGGAAAUUCAGACAGCUGUGCUCACUGCUCAACGUGCAGCCGGACUUCAAGGUGGCUGCAGGAGGCUCUGGACUUGCGUUUUGAGGACCCACAAACGAGCAGAUGUCAGCACAUUAAGCGUCACAGUGAUUAAAGGCAAGCCUGAGAGGCAUCCAUUGUUCUGUGGGAGGACCAGUUUGACUUCUUCCCCGAGGCUCUGCCUGGGUGGCUUGCAGAGGUCUGAUCACCCUGCCUUCUGACAGGGGCAGCACACUCAAGAGACUGCCUGCCACUGGCCAGAGUGAGUGGUCCUGGGUAGGGUUACCCUGAGGGUGGGACUAAUAGAGGCAGGCUGAUGUGAAAUGGGUUUAUAGGAAGCCAUGACAGGGUCUUUACUGUCUGCUGAGCCUCUGCUGGCCACGCUUGGGCCUCCUUACUUCAUUCCAUCCCUCUGGCGGCCCCAGAGGUGGAUACCGUUCUGGCUUAGAGGUGAUGAAAUAGACCCAUCUAGUCUAAGUGCCUGGUGGCAGAGCUGGCUCCCACCGAAGGUCCAUGCCCUGCAGUACCACAUGGUACCUCUGCCUCCAACAUGUGCUGUUAUUGCCAACACCACUGGAGGACCCAGAUUCCUGCUGUGUGCACAGGACUCCAUUGGACUUGGUUUGUCUCUGAAUGCCCAGCUGAGAAGACGGGCGGCCUGAUCCUGAGGAAGCUGGAGCAUGGCCUUCAUGCUGCCCCUAAACAGGUGUGGGAUGAGCUCUACACAUUCAGAAGUGGCCAUGGAGCCAGGCAGUGGUGGUGCACACUUUUAAUCCCAGGGCUCGAGAGGCAGCAGGCAGAUCUCUGAGUUUGAGGUCAGCCUGGUCUAUAGAGUGAACUCAAAAACAAACAAAAAGUGUCACUGGGGGACUAGAUGGUGGUCGCCACUGUGAAUGUGUAGGGCUUGCCUGGGUGUCACUGUACUUCUUUUAGCAGCAGCUGUGUGUCUGGCAGGUAUUUACAGGCAGGUGAGCUGGUGGGAGUGGGCUCAGUGCUCCCAGGCAUUUCUGUAGAGAGAAUAUCUCUCAUCACAUGUCAAUUAAAGGGAGGAAAUAGAGGCGGAACAUUUGAGAGAGAGAAAGGAUUCUGGGAUACAGAGGUGGGAGAUCCACCAGGGAAGAUGUGAGGAGAUGGACAGACACAUGGUACCUGAGUGCAGGUAACCAGCCACAUGGCAGGAUACAGGUUAAAAUAAAUGAGUUAUCUUUAGUUAUGAUGUAGUCAGAGUAGAGUCUAGCUGUAUGUCCAAGGUAUUUGUAAAUAUAUUUUGAGUCUGAGUCUUAUUUUUAGCAGCAUGGAGCUAGGAGGAAGAACUGGGCCUAACUUGUACAACAUGAUACGCCUUCCUUCGGGUUAUUGUACCCUGGCUGUCCCUACUUAAGUUUCAUGUUGUAACAGGGUCACCAUGCAUGCCAUUUGGAGUUUUGGGUUCUCUGUGAUUUUAAUUUUCUUUUAUAGUCAGUCACUACAUAGUCCAAGCUGGCCAUAAAGGGUGAUCCUCCUGUUUCUGUCUCCCAAGUGCUGGGAACUUAGGCUUGUGGCCCUAGGACACCGUUUUUAACAUCAUUGCACGGCAUGAGUAGAGGGACCUUUGUGUACCUGAGCUGUUCCCUUCUUCCAUCAGCCCAGCCGAGCCAGUGGGAGGGCUGGGGGCGGGGUCUGAGGCUUAGGACACCAUGCAUCUGGCCUCCUGAGCCUGGCAGCUGCCUCUCAGGUGUUCAGCACCGUUGUCCCAGCUGCUCCCAGGAUCAGGUACUCUUCAAUGUGCUGCUCUGAGGACCGAGCUCGGAGGGCUGUGACUGUUCUUACCAUCAUUUUACUUUCCUAUUAUAUUUGAAAAAAAGAAUAAAUAGUGUAUUUUAAAGCA